UUUCCCUCCUUAUCUAAUAAUAUUCGGCUUAGCGUUACCAUCUCUCCUCUCCGCCAGCGAGUCCGUGUCGACGCAACAUCUCCAACCAGUCAAUGAACGAUGCGGGGAUCUGAGGCAUCGGGGCCCGGUGCUCUCUUUGAUGCUCCCUCGACUCUUGCCACGGCUCUUGGAAUCAAUCCCACCGCUGCUCCUGAACCCCCUCCGACCGAUCCCAAUUUAGUCGCCUCCAACAUCGAGCAUGUCUUGUUGUCCAUGUCAGAAGGCAAUGGCGGUCUAGUUAGCGUCAGUGGCAACUCGUCGGGUUCUACCGGCAAGGGUAUCCUGAUAGGCGUCCUCUCUGCCUUUGGGUCCGCUGCCGUUGCAGUGCUUGUACUCGCCGUCUUCUUUUUCUUCAAAUACACUCAGCGUGGUAGAAUCAUUCUCGAUCGCAUCGGCCGACCGGGUGAAUUCGACGAUGAACAAGCGUUUGCGCGCGAGGAGGCGGAAGCCUUGGAGACGAUGGAUGAUCUCACGCGAUCAGAGUAUAUGAGAGCGAAGGCGUUCAUCGAAGCCAAUCCGCCCGAGUCCGUACAAACCGACAUAUCGCUCUCUCAAUUCCUCGCGAUUCAAGAAAAAGGAGUAUCGGCUUGGGAAUUCCAGCCAGAGCUGGAAAUUGCCAAUUGCUUUGUUGAAGGCCGUACGGAAAUCGAGUUCUACGACUCGGAAUGCAGUGUCCAGACCAAUUUGCCUGUUCCGAAACAAAAUGACGUUUAUUACUGGGAGGCUAAGAUCUACGACAAACCUGAUAAUACUCUUAUCAGUAUUGGGAUGACUACAAAACCGUAUCCCUUGUUCAAAUUACCAGGCUUCCACAAGACUUCGGUCGCAUACCAGUCCACUGGUCACAGGAGACACAACCAGCCGUUUGCACCAACACCAUAUGGUCCUCACCUUCUGCAAGGUGAUGUGAUCGGAGUAGGGUAUCGGCCUCGCUCGGGUACGAUCUUCUUCACUCGCAAUGGCAAGAAGCUGGAGGACGUCGUUCACGGUCAUAAAGCCCAAAACUUCUUCCCCACUGUUGGAGCCAAUGGACCUUGCUCUGUCCAUGUGAACUUCGGUCAGAUGGGUUUUGUGUUCAUCGAGGCCAACGUCAAGAAAUGGGGUUUGGCCCCUAUGACUGGUAGUCUGGCUCCGCCUCCGCCUUACGGCAGCGAGCAAGGCAGUAUCCUACUAGAGUCGGGUCGGGAGAGUGCAGCUCAGAUUUCCCAACGGGUCUACCAGGAUGCCAAUAAUGCACGCACCAGUUCGACUGUCCGUGUUGCGCCAUCUGCUAGUCCCGGCCCUGUGCGGUCACCCACCGACAUUUCCUUGGCUCAGCUUGCCCACAUCCCGUCGAACGAGGACGUUGGCGAAGGAUCCAGUCGCACCAACGUCGUCGAUGGCGAGCAAGUCCCCUUGUUGCAUACAGAGGAUCUCGACCAAGUCCCACCUCCCGAGUAUUCCAGUCCGGACGGCAGUCGGAGAGGCAGCGAGGACCUGCACUCUGACGAACAGCCUCCGAUACCUAGCUACGACGCUGCUGUUGGCAACCGCGACGGUCACGGCACGCAUCCCAACGAGACUCCCUGAAAGGCGACCGAGGUCCCGCAUAUAUUGUUAUCGUUCAUCCAUCAGUUAUUGGCGCAGCGUCUCUUCGAUGUGUAUACGACAUGUUUCAGCCACUGGUUCUAUUUCUACUACUGUUCCCUGAUUUU